AUAUUUUCUAGUUAUUCAAGUAUGGAAGAAUUUCUAUCUUUAACAGCUGGAAGGGAUGACCCUUAUUUUAUGCCUGGACAUUUAAACAAAAAAGAAUCACAACAAGGAAUGCCUGAACAACGUAGACGUAAAGCUGUUUUUCUUAAAGCUUCAGAACAACUUCCACAUCCACCCGAAUCUCUCGCGUAUAUUCAAAUUUUAUUAAAAUAA